GUCCAAUUCAUUUUGGUCCCCCUUGUUACUCUUCAAUGACUUGUUGGAUGAAAUUGGUCCUAUAUUCUGCUGUGGCUAGUGGACCUCUAUCAGUUAUUUUGAUGAAAGGUCAAUGCUUAAAUUUGCUACUUAGACAUUCAGCUGUGCUGGUGCAGCCUUUUAGCAGCGAUGACCUCGAUAAGGAUGGAAAAACCGUUACUUUGGACAUGCUGUUGCCCCUGGAAAAUUCGGAUGGCUCACCUGCUUGCAUAGGUGAAGAGCUGGGAUUAUGCCCAGAAGAGUGCUCAGAAUUAAAUGUAAUGUUAAACUACCUUGCCAAAAAGAUAGAUCUCCUGACCAUUGGUUAUAUUCGCCUGCCAAGACUGUACAAAGAACAAGAACCUGAGAGCUCUUUUUCUGAUGAGAAAUAUGAGUGGGUUCCAUUAAGUGUUGAAUUUGGAAUACCACUCUUUAGUCCAAAACUGUGCAACAAUAUUUGUAAAAGAGUGGUUUCUUCACAGUUACUUCAAACAGACAGACUUACUGAGCAUCAUGAUGCUAUGCAAGACAGGAGGAAGAGGUUGCGGGAUAUAUGUGCUGAAUAUCAAGCAACUUGUCCAACUGCCAAACUUCUUUAUCAGAAAGAACAGCCUAAAGGGUCAUCUCGGCCACUAAUGAACUAUGCAAGUGGAAGGUGGAACGCACUUGUGUAUCCUCCUCCUAUUUCUGGAGCCUUGAGCGAGCACCAAAGACUAAAACUUACUAACUGACAGCGCUGCAGAACAGUUCUGAGUUUUGAUGGUAACAUCUUGAGAUCUUAUGCUCUGAGAGUCUUUGAGGGCGCUGCCAGGCCUGAUGAAGAAUCCCUUCUCAUGAGCACUUCUAAGGUUGAAGCUGACUGUAAAGAAGGUGAAUCUUAUGCUCUGACUCCUGUCUAUGAGGCUGCUACCAGGCCUGAUGAAGAAUCCCCUCUCAUAAGCACUUCUGAAGUUGAAUUGGAUGAAGCUGACAGUAAAGAAGUUGUUCUUCCUGGUGUAAAUGUU